AUUUAAAAUGUGGAGGUUAAUGUGGUUCUUUGCUGUUUUUAAUAGAUCAUUUUGUAGCGAUGAAUCUUAUAUUAACUUCGGCGGAUUUAUGUGUCCACGGGAUGAAGAAGCAUUAUCAGAAUGUCUGAAAGACGCACUUAACGUUUACAUACCUGAACUGGCUACAGGUAUACCAAAAUACGGGAUUCCUCCUUGCGAGCCGCUGAUGAUACCAACAUUAACGAUUCAACAAUCAGCAGGACCGAUUUCUAUUUCGUCUACUUACACUAAUGUUUCCGUCAAAGGACCAGCCAGUAUGCGGAUCACUAAUGUCGAGGUUAAUUCAGCAAAGCACGAAGUAAUCGCCAAGUUGUUCAUACCUGAAUUAAAAAUGAAAGGACAUUACAAUCUAUCUGGGAAGCUUCUGUUGUUACCUGUAGAAGGAGAUGGAAAUUUUUCAGCUAAAUAUGGUGACAUCAACGCGGUCCUGACGAUCGCCCUGGGCAGGUUACAUCGUGAGAACGAUGUCGACGCUCUCGCCUGUGAAAAACUCGAUGUCAAAUUUGAUGUAGGAUCCGCUUCUAUGAACUUAGAGAAUCUAUUUGAUGGAGACAGUGAAUUGGGUACUACAAUGAAUGCGUUUCUUAAUGAGAACUGGCAGAAAUUAGCAAAGGAAUUUCAAGAGCCGAUGGAGGAAGCUCUUCGUGACUUCUUGAAGCCGUUAGCUGAUCAUGCUUUUGGUACGCUAAAAGCAGAUGAUAUAUUCUUAAGAUAGCAGGAAUGUGUAUAAAGACAAUGUUAUUGCCUUUUUUUAAGAAUAAAAGAGAUGUAAAUAUAUUUUUAUGCGGGGAUUGUUCGGCUGUGUUACGAUUAAUCU